AUUAACAUAAGAAAUAAGAAUAAUAAAAAAAAUGGUCAGAUCAAUGUCGAAGAAUUUAUGCUGGAUUGGUUUGUUUUAUAUUAUUGUUUUGUAUUUAUCGUCCUUUUUUGGGGUGGUUCUUGCUGCAAUUGAUGAUUUUAAUCAAGCGUUUCCUAUCAUUGAACCUGAUCCUGGUCAUACAAAACUUCGUCUUUCUGUCGAAGGAUUGGAGGCUAUUAAGAGAAUAAAGAAUCCUAUAGCAGCCGUUGCUGUGAUUGGUCCAUAUCGAUCUGGAAAAUCUUUUCUGCUUAAUCAGCUUCUCUCUCUUUCUUGUUAUGAAGGUUUUGGUGUUGGACACAUGCGUGACACUAAAACAAAAGGAAUAUGGGUAUGGGGAACUCCGGUUGAAAUGAAUAUUAAUGGAGUGAAAACGUCUGUCUUCUAUCUCGACACAGAGGGAUUUGAAAGUAUAGGGAAAUCAAACGUCUAUGAUGACAGGAUAUUUGCUCUUGCAACAGUUUUAAGCUCUGUUCUUAUCUACAACUUGCCUGAGACGAUACGUGAAGCUGAUAUAUCCCGUUUGUCAUUUGCUGUUGAGCUUGCUGAAGAGUUCUAUGGAAGAGUUCAGGGGCAAGAUGUGGCAUUUGAACCAGCAAAACUCCUGUGGCUUAUACAACGUGACUUUUUACAGGGAAAGUCUGUAAAAGAGAUGGUAGACGAAGCUCUGCUACACGUUCCUAAUUCCGAGGGUGACAAAAAUAUUGAUCAGGUUAACCAGAUUCGCGACUCCCUAGCUGUCAUGGGCGACAAUAGCACCGCUUUCAGCUUACCACAACCACAUCUCCAGAGGACAAAGCUUUGUGACUUAAAAGACGGGGAGCUGGAUCAGAGUUAUGUAAAAAAGAGGGAACAAUUGAAAGAAGUUGUUAAAUCUGUUAUCCGUCCAAAGAUCGUGGAGGGAAAAUCUCUUAACGGAGAGGAAUUCGUAUCUUUUCUUGAGAAGAUCUUGGAAGCUUUGAACAAAGGGGAAAUUCCAUCAACAGGGUCUCUUGUGGAGGUAUUCAACAAGAAAAUUUUAGAGCGAUGCCUGAAGUUAUAUGAGGAUAGUAUGACAAAAGUGGUUCUGCCCAUCCCCGAGGAAUCCCUACAAUCCAUCCAUGAAUCCUCACGAGAUGAAUCUUUGAAAGCUUUUGAUGAACAACACUUUGGCCGUCACCAUGCCAAGAGAUCAGUUGAAACACUUGAUGAAGAUAUUGAGAAAAUGUUUAAGAAUUUUGUAAUGGCAAACCAAUAUCAGUCCUCGAAGCUGUGUGAGGCUCUCUAUACAAUGUGCGAAGACAAAAUGGACCAGCUUCAAGUACUUAGACUACCUUCCAUGGCCAAAUUUAAUGCAGGGUUCCUCCACUGCAACCAAAGUUUUGAAAACGAGUGCGUCGGGCCCUCUAAAACCAUAUAUGAACAACGGAUGGCGAAGAUGAUGGGGAAGUCGAAAUCUAUAUUUAUCAAGGAAUAUAAUCAUCGACUAUUUAAUUGGCUGGUGGCGUUUUCACUUGUGAUGGUGAUUGUAGGUCGCUUUAUCAUAAAAUUCAUCUUGAUUGAGAUUGGAGCUUGGAUUCUCUUCAUAUUCUUGGAGACAUACACACGGAUGUUUUGGUCGCCGGAAUCUCUCUAUUAUAAUCCUGUAUGGCAUGGUAUUGUAGCCACUUGGGAAACUCUAGUUUACAGCCCAAUUCUUGAUUUAGACAGAUGGGCAAUACAAAUCGGAAUCAUAGCAUUGAUAUUGUUGGUAUACUGGCGAUGCUAUGGGAGGAGGAAACGCGGGUCUCAUUCAUUGUUACCGUUGUACAACAACACUUCUAAACAUCGGGAUAGAUCAGAAUAGUUCGUGUUAACAUAUUCCAGCGAGCUUUUGAUUAUAAAUUAAAUUGCAGGAAAAACACUGCAGAUUUGUGAUCUGGGUUCGUGAUAUAUAUAAAAAUGGCAUUACAUCAUAUAAAAUCAUAGAAUAUUUAGGAACUGUAUUGGUGAAGGAUUCGAUGGGAUGUAUGUAACUUUAGAAAUUCAAAUUACUUGUAUUGAUUGUAGAGGUACCCUUAUUUCUUUGAGUUGUGCCUGCUCAAUUUAUGCAAUGCAGCCACAUAUGUUACUUACAAUUUUGUCUUAUAUGCUUUUAUA